CGAUCCUCGCCCGGGAUUUGGCUUUUCAAUCGGUCCUCCCGGAAAAUCGGAUUCCCCCCCCCCCGUCCUCGGCGCUGAUCCGACCCCACUCGGGGCGGGAGGCUGUGGGGUGCGGGCCGGCGGCUGGAGAGCGCAGCCCCACGGCCGCCCGGCCCUGCAGCGGGGGAGCCCGCGGCGCUGGAAGAAUGGUCACCCAGAUAAUCAGCACCAUGGAGACCCAGGUGUCCAACGGCCCCACCAGUAACAGCGGCCUCCCCAACGGGCCGCCCCUGAGCGCCAACGGGGCGGCCGACGACAGCAAAACCAACCUCAUCGUCAACUACCUGCCCCAGAACAUGACCCAGGAGGAAUUCAAGAGUCUCUUCGGCAGCAUCGGGGAGAUCGAGUCCUGCAAGCUGGUGCGGGACAAGAUCACAGGGCAGAGUUUAGGUUACGGGUUCGUGAAUUACGUGGACCCGAAUGACGCGGACAAAGCGAUUAACACCCUGAACGGGCUGAAACUGCAGAUGAAAACCAUCAAGGUCUCCUACGCCCGGCCCAGCUCGGCCUCCAUCCGCGACGCCAACCUGUACGUGAGCGGCCUGCCCAAGAGCAUGAGCCAGAAGGAGAUGGAGCAGCUCUUCUCGCAGUACGGCCGCAUCAUCACCUCCCGCAUCCUGGUGGACCAGGUCACAGGUGUCUCCAGAGGGGUGGGCUUCAUCCGCUUUGACAAGAGGAUAGAGGCGGAGGAGGCCAUCAAGGGGCUGAAUGGGCAGAAGCCGCUGGGCGCCAGCGAGCCCAUCACCGUCAAGUUCGCCAACAACCCCAGCCAGAAGACGGGCCAGGCGCUGCUCAGCCACCUGUACCAGACCACGGCGCGGCGCUACACGGGGCCGCUGCACCAUCAGACCCAGCGCUUCAGGCUGGACAAUUUGCUAAACAUGGCCUACGGCGUUAAGAGUCCUCUGUCCUUGAUCUCCAGGUUCUCGCCCAUCACCAUCGACAGCAUGACCAGCCUGGCGGGCGUCAACCUGACGGGCGCCUCCAGCGGCGGCUGGUGCAUCUUCGUCUACAACCUGUCGCCGGAGGCGGACGAGAGCGUCCUGUGGCAGCUCUUCGGGCCCUUCGGCGCCGUCACCAACGUCAAAGUGAUCCGCGACUUCGCCACCAACAAGUGCAAGGGCUUCGGCUUCGUCACCAUGACCAACUACGAGGAGGCGGCCAUGGCCAUCGCCAGCCUCAACGGGUACCGGCUGGGCGACCGCAUCCUGCAGGUCUCCUUCAAGACCAGCAAGCAGCACAAGGCCUGAGCCGGGGCCCGAGCCGAGGGCCGGAGAGAGGAGCCGUGGCAGAGACUGGGCAGCCCCCCCCCGACACCCCGACCUGAUGGAAAGAGAGACAACCCCACCCAGAAUCUCCCGCCCCGUGGCAGGCACCAGCCCCCCACCCCGUGGCGGGCACUGUCUCCCCAGCCCCACAGUGGGCUCUGUCCUCCCCAACUCCAUGGCGGGCACCGUCUUCAGCCCGAUGGUGAGCGAUGGCCCCGAGCCCUGUGGUGGGCACCUUCUCCCCCCCAGCCCCAUGGCGAGCGACCCCCAGAUGGCGCGCGAUGCCCCCGUGGGGGAGCGGAAGGAACCGAACGCCUCGCAGCCUUGGUGAGGAGGAAUAUGCCACCGCGGGAGCCGUGACCAGACAGCGAGGGGGUGCCGGGGUCCCACCCCGCCCACAGGCAAGGCAAACGUAAGCCUGACCCCCCCACAACUGUGCCCCACGGCGUCGCGAGGACCCCAGCGGGGCAGGAGAGGGGACCCUCCAUUAUGGGUUGAAUUCCAAUGUCCCCUCUGUUUUGGGGGUGCCCCUGGCCCUCCCCCCACAUCCUGGCUCCCCGACAGCCAUCCUGAGGUUCCCCCCAACAUUGUCCCCCAUCUCUCCCCCUGGGAUUCCCCCCAACCCAACUUUGCGGGGCGGGGGGGAUUCCCGGCGGGGCCCUCAGUUGUGAUCAGCAAGCGC